CCCCCGGCCAUCCUCUCGGGCUGGGGCCCCGGGGCGGGGGUCGAAGGGACGGGCCUGGGGACCCAGGCGUCCGGGAGGGCGAGUCCCGCCCUCGGCCCCGAAAAGUUGGAAGAGCGACAGCCAGGAAGCGGCCCCUGCCGCCCUCCCGCGGACAGCCGGGACCAACGGGGCGAGCCCGCCUCCUCCGGGACGCCCUCCAGGAGGCAGGGCCGGGGAAGGCCCCACCAUAGACCCGAAAGAGGCCCCGAUGUUCGCGUCUGCUGACUCAGGGAGAGUCUGUCUGAAUCCUGGGGAUACACACAUAGCAGCUGGCGGACCUCAGAAUUAGAAUGAGUGAGAGGGACCCACGAAGCUGGGGCACCUGGGGCUGGCUGCUGGUAUUCUGCCUUGCCACACUGGGGGUACGACCGGCCUUGGCUUCAUCGCACCCCCGGACCCACUCAGUGCGUGUGGAACCUGGUACUUGUGAGGUGAUUGCUGCCCAUCGCUGCUGCAACAAGAACCGCAUCGAGGAGCGAUCUCAGACCGUGAAAUGCUCCUGUUUCCCAGGCCAAGUGGCUGGCACCACACGGGCAGCCCCCUCCUGUGUGGAUGCCUUCAUUGUCCUGCAGAGAUGGUGGUGCCAGAUGCAGCCAUGCCUGACAGGAGAGGAGUGUAAGGUGCUGCCAGACCUGUCUGGGUGGAGCUGCAGCACUGGGAACAAAGUGAAAACCACAAAGGUGACCCGAUAGCCUGAGACCAUGACCUAGGUGGGGGUCAGUCCUGGUCAAGGUCCUCAUGAAAUGAGAUGGUGAGACAGAGUGAGUGUCCAGCCUUCAGCCAGACUCCUGAGAGUGAAGAGGUCAAGGGGACAAACUGUCGUGACCGCGUGGGGCACAGUGACCCCCGCGGGACCCCGAGGAUUAGAAGGAACUGGUCACACUGCCUGCCGGCAGGGGAGAACCCAAGACUAGAUCUCCUCACCCUCUGCUGAUCUCCACCUGAAGGCUCCUCUCUGCCACCUCCGGGGGACUUCAUGAGCCGGGAUACAGCUCUGGGCUGCUUGCAGUCCCCUCAGCCGCUGGCAGACAAGCAGGCAGGCAGGUCAGACCUUCUUCCUGGCCUUUUCCUCUGGUCCUAAAGUCCACAGUGUUUUGGAAGAGGAAAUCGUUCCCUGGAACAGGGCUGGGAUGAUGGGAAGAAGAUGACUUAGCCAAUGGCUUUCCCUCCAACUGGAGCCUCUUUCUCAAAGGAUAUUCUCCUGUUUUUCUAGAGCCACUGACUGCCUGCUGGGCUACAUGGCCUUAACUCUGGACUGAGAUGCCACUGAGAGACUGGCCCAGAGCCCUGAGUCCUGCUGUGGCCUGCAGUGGCCAAGGAAUCCAGGCAGUGUUUGUUGGGGGAGGGGUCUCUACUAAAAUGGCCCUGCUCCUCCUAAUCCUGAAGCAGGUGGGGGGACGGGGGGUGGGCGACCAUUCCCAAAUUGACUUUUCCACUUUCCUACAACAAUGAUGUAAGAGGUCCUCUCCCACUCUUGGUUGAUAAUUAGAGCCAAGAGCAGAGGGAGUCUGGUCAGUGAAGGGAAGGACCUGAGCAAUGUCCAGCCCACACCCUCCUUCAGCCUUCCUAGGUUUCCAAUGAGGUAAGCAGGUGCCUGAGGGAAAGGGUGAAAGGGGACUCAGAGGAUCAAGAUGCUCUGCUCACCAUCCAGAGGCCAAAAAGGGAGCAGUAAUCCAACCCCUUGGGGACAGUCCAGAGAAAGAUGACUGCUGGUUUCUGAAGGAAUCUUGAAAGUUAGGAUGCUUCUGGGAGGAGAGGUCUUGGACUGACCCAAGCAGGGAUGAACUCUGACCUUUGGCAGCAGCAGUUGGGGAAGGUGCAUUUCCUAGAUGUGGCUCUGUCUUCCCCAUGAGAGCCCCUCUGCCCCAAGGCUUCCCACCUCUCUUUGCAGCCCCUCCUUUCCCUCAACUUUCUUGCCUCCUUUAUGUCAUUGUUUUUUAUUGAACAAUGUAAUCCCUGCUCCAGAAAUGACUUUUCAUACCGGACUGAAAUACUAAAUUCAUUUUAAUCUCUGCCAGUGUGAUGUGUAUGGCAUUGUUAUCCUUUCUCUAAGGACCCAGGAAGUAGACUGAUCAUUCCCUUGUGCAGCUUUGAGCCAGGUGGAUGGACAAGAUGACCUCUAGAGAUACCAACCCCUGUUCCACCUAAAAUCAUUUCCCCUGGGAUUAGUGGGGCUGUUGGCCCCCUUUACAGGCCUGAAAUUGUGCUUCAUUUCCUUCCUACUUCUCUUGAGAAGCUGGCAAAUUAAUUAAUCUAGGGCGGGAACAAUGGAAGAGUCAGACAGUGAAGCCCACUGGGGCUGUGUCCUCAGGGAGGCACAAACAGAAGACAGACUGCAGGUUCUGUAAGAAACUCUUCUUGCCCAAAUCCCUGGUCCCGCUGAGCUGACUCUGCAUGGAACUGGCAAAAGGCUAGAGAAUGUGGCUGAUGCCCAGGCAGUUGUCAUCACUAGCACACACUAACACUCUCACCCUCCAUAGCAAUAUGCCCAAGGACAGAGGAGAGUGGAGGGGGUCAGUGAUACCAGGAGAAAGAGAUGUGGGGUACAAGACUGAGACCUCUUCCUACCCUUGAGACCCAAGAUCACUCUAGGUUACCCUUCCUGUCUGCUUUCUACUCUCCUCUCUUUGCCUUCUCUUCCUCAUGCUGCUAGAAAUGUUACAAAAUGACCAUCCAUAAACUAAUAAUCUUGUGUACAUGUGCACAUGCACACACACACCUACA